UCCACCAACUCCACCAACUCCACCAACUCCGCCGAUGCCGAUCUAGAGAUGGACACGACCAAGACGGUGGCUCUGUCCAUAGUGCUGACGGCCUUCCUCUUCUGCGGCGUCCUGGGCAACAUCCUGGUCAUCCUGUCCGUGGUGUGCCACCGCAACCUGCGCUCCGUCACACACUUCUUCAUCGCCAACCUCGCCGCCGCAGACCUGCUGCUCAGCUCCGCCGUGGUGCCGUUCAGCGCCGUCUCCGAGGUCCUCGGCAAGUGGGUGUUCGGCCGGGCCUUCUGCACCGCCUGGGCGGCGCUGGACGUCCUCUGCUGCACCGCCUCCAUCCUCAGCCUGUGCGUCAUCUCCGUCGACCGCUGCCUGGCCGUCACCUACCCCCUGCGCUACCCGGCCAUGGCCACCGAGAAGCGGGGUCUGGCCGCUGUGGUGGUGCUGUGGGUGGUGUCGGCGGGGCUGUCGGUGGUGCCGCUGUUCGGCUGGAAGGAGAGCGACCCGGAGGACGAGACGGUGUGCCUCAUCACCGAGGAGCCGGGCUACGCCUUGUUCUCCAGCCUGGUGUCCUUCUACGUCCCGCUGGCCGUCAUCCUGGCCAUGUACUGCCGCGUGUACGUGGUGGCCAAGCGCAAGUCCCGCCGGAACCAGGGCGGCCCGGCCGGCGAGGGGCUGGCGCUCCGGAUCCACCGCGGGAAGGCCCACGCGGCGGAGAAGGAGGCAGAGGAGAAGGCCACCGAGACGGAGGCGUCGACGUGCGAGCGGCGCGUGCUGGCGCUGAAGAAGUUCCUGACGUUCUCCCGGGAGAAGCGGGCGGCGAAGACCCUGGGAAUCGUCGUCGGUUGCUUCAUCGCCUGCUGGCUACCCUUCUUCCUGGUCUUGAGCAUCGGGUCCUUCUUCCCAUCAUGCAAGCCGUCUGACACAGUGUUCAAAGUGUGCUUUUGGCUGGGCUACCUCAACAGCUGCAUCAACCCCAUGAUCUACCCCUGCUUCAGCCAGGAGUUCAAGAAGGCCUUCCAGAAUGUUCUGUGCUGCCGCUGCUUCCGCCGCAGGCGGAGGCCCACCCUUGGCCACUCCAAGAAGGGCAAUGGUCCCAAGGCGGGCCACAUGAUGGUGUUAAACACUCGGGGGUGCUCCCCUUGCCGCCACCAGGGCCGGUCCACUUCGUCCGCUAGCGGAGGAAAGUGUGCUCGGUCACUUAAGGCCUGGUGCUUCUCUGCGCGCGACAGCAGCGGGACGCCCCAAAACGACCACACCACCACAACCAAGGGACAGGCGGAAAAAACCAUGCACGCCUCCCUGGAAGUGGCCGGUGAUGCAGUGUGA